AUACACACACUCACACACACACACACACACACACACACACACACACAUUAGUUAAUUAUUUUCCCUGUUAUCACCAUGUCCUUGAGCGCGUUACUAACGGAAGAGAAAAAACCAGGCUAUGUGAAGUAUGGAGGCCUUGGAAGAUGUAAACUGCAGAAGGAAAAACGUUCGGCCUUGGAGGAAAAGAUGCCGGAAUAACUACAGUGGUGAGCUGGCGCGCGGCCCGCUCAAUCCUCUCCUUCCGUGAUAUGACUCCUUGUCCCUCUACUGACGUUGCAGCGUAAGAAACUCCUUUUGCGUUUGAUAUAUGGCGCAAACACGAGUGGUGAAUGGUGACUUACUGCAACGAGCCUUCUUGAGAGCAACUAGUAUAUGACUGACCGGAUGACAUGCCUUUCUUACAACGGAAGUACAAAGCUCUAGUGAAGAAGGUCAUUGUAUAUGCACUGAUCUUCUUUGGGGCGAUUGCGUACAGUUUAAGAAGCAUGCACGUGGUACGGGAAGCUGGGGAGGUGCACGUAGGCCUCGGGGCGGUGCACGGAGCACGGGAGUUGCACCUGGGCGUGACAGGUGGCUGCUGGAAGGAGCGUUUGCGAGGCCCAGUAGACGGUAAGGAUUCGAGGGUAAUUGAGGCGGUGAAGGACCAUCUCCACCCACCCAGCACCAAGCCUUACAACCUUGAUACCUACACCAACAGACUCAACUACAAGGAUAUGGAGUCGUGGAAGUUCUUGCACGAGAGGAUAGUUCGUCUUCUUGCUAAGCGGCCCCCGGGAUUUUUUGUGGAGGCCGGGGCGUUGGACGGCGAGUAUCUCUCCAAUACACUCCACCUAGAGAAGGUAUAUGGAUGGACGGGGCUGUUGGUGGAGCCUAACCCUAAUGCCUUCAAACACCUGCUGAAGAAGAACAGGCGUGCCUGGUCCUCCAACACUUGUUUGGCCAUCACUCCAUACCCCAAGGAGAUGGUUCUUCAGCUGGUGGACACGCGUGCAAACGCUGCGACUACACAAGCUUUAUGGGUGAUACGAGGCAGUUCUUUCCUGAUGGAGGCGGGCGGUCCAGACCAACAGUACCAGGGCAGGGUGUAUGACUCAAGCUACGCUACAGUGCAGUGCUUCCCCUUGGUGUCUUAUCUGCGGGCUCUCAAUAUUACGAAGGUGGAUUUGUUCUCUCUGGAUGUAGAGGGGGCAGAGCAAAGAAUUCUGGACACUUUUCCAUGGAGCUCGAUGGAAAUCUCUGUCCUGUUGGUGGAGCAUCAUGGGGAUGUUAAGGGCAAGGACACCAAGUUUGUUGAGGGUGUGGUGGCUCGUGGAUAUCGCCUCUAUGACUACCACAUUGAUAAGGACAACAUAGGGGACUAUAUUUUUGUCAAGAAUGGGGUUUUCUAGGUACAGCAUUCAAUAGAUACAAUUUUAUCCAUAUGAAUGGCCUGAUGUAGCAAUAAAAAUAAAUAUAAAAGUAAAUGAAAAACUAAAGUAUA